CCCACCUCCUUCGAAUGUACAGCUCCUGAAUGCGGCAAGGUCUUUUCCCGGGCCUACAAUCUGGCCUCUCACAUGAAGACUCACUCUUCGGAAAGACCCUUUCUCUGCGAAGUGUGUCCCCUUGCCUUCGCAAGACGCCAUGAUCGCGAGCGACAUGCACGUCUUCAUACAGGGGAGAAGCCAUACUCUUGCGGAAUCUGCGGCGCUGGCUUUAUGAGAAAUGAUGCUCUACACCGACACCAAAAA